AUGUCUGAUCUCAGUGCCAAAGGCCUCCUGCCCGGCGAGGCGGAUGAUACCUCAUCCAAGCUUGGUUCUAUCUUCCAGACUGCACUCUCCAACAACUCGUCUCCGGAAGCCUCUGCUUCGAUUGACAGUCUGUACGAGGCCGCCGCCGCCUCUGACAAGGGUGCCGAGGACUUCCUUUGGACGCUGUGGUCGCUGUACAUCCAAGUAGGCAAGAUCGUCUCCGCGGACGAUCCGCGCCAGGACACACUCGUGCAGAUCGUGAAAGAACUGGCCGCGAAGCGAGAUGACGAGGUGACCAUGUGGAAUCAAAAGACCAGGGUGUGGACUGAGCUGCCUAUGCUGGCCCCCUGCAUGAGAGACGCAUGGAACGAAUCGCCGAGGUACAACGAGACCAAAGAGGACAAUGAAACCGUCACUGCAUGGAUCAAUGUGAAUGCCUUUGCCGCGCGCCUUCUGGCCACGCAUCUCGUCACCUGGGACAACUUUGCCCUCUGGGCUCUCCGUUCUGCCCUUGAGCGCGAGCUUCUGAAUGACAGGGAGCGUGAUGCCUCGCUUCUCAUCGCGCACGCGUGGGUGACCUACGCCGGGAAGGAUCUGAAGGACAGGGUGAACAGCACCCGGGAGCUGGAUGAGGAGGAGAAGCGCAUGUUCAAGGCCGGACAGCUCUUUGAGGCCGGCGAACCUGGGUUUACACAGAAGAGGUGGGAUUUUUGGCGGCAGCGCAUCGAGACGUUGUCUAGUACUGCGGACAGCGACGUCAAGAGCAAAGCAGACAAGACCGUCGAGACUAUGAAGACUCUGUGA